UUCGCUUCCGCCCGAGCGCGGAGCCGCCGCCGCCCGAGCAUGGACGACCCCGACUGCGACUCGACCUGGGAGGAGGACGAGGAGGAGGACGGCGAGGGCCCGAGCGCGGCGGGCGACGAGGACGGCGAGGCCGGCGCCCCGGGGGACGCGGACGCGGAGGACGAGGACGAGGACGAGGAGGACGCGCGGCCGCCGCGGCCCGGCGCGCUCCAGACCAGGAUGCUGGGGUCCCGAAACUGGCGAGCCAUGCGGGACACACGCAGGUACCGGCACCAGUACCCGGAUUUGAUAGAGCGGGAUGGCAACGGUGACAUGCCAAACCUGAGUUUCUACAGAAACGAGAUCCGGUUCCUGCCCAACGGCUGUUUCAUCGAAGACAUUCUUCAAAACUGGAGGACGGACUAUGACCUCCUCGAGGAGAAUCACUCCUACAUCCAGUGGCUCUUCCCUCUGCGUGAACCCGGAGUGAACUGGCACGCCAAGCCCCUCACGCUCCGGGAGGUCGAGGCAUUUAAAAGCUCCAAGGAGGUCAGGGAGCGGUUCGUCCAGGCCUACGAGCUCAUGCUGGGGUUCUACGGGAUCCAGCUGGAGGACCGGGACACGGGGCAGGUGUGCCGAGCACAGAACUACCAGAAGCGCUUCCAGAACCUCAACUGGCACAGCCACAACAACCUCCGCAUCACGCGCAUCCUCAAGUCCCUGGGCGAGCUGGGCCUGCCGCACUACCAGGCGCCCCUGGCGCGCUUCUUCCUGGAGGAGACGCUGGUGCGCCGCGAGCUGCCGGCCGUGCGCCAGAGCGCGCUCGACUACUUCGUGUUCACCGUGCGCUGCCCGCGCCAGCGCCGCCAGCUGCUGCGCUUCGCCUGGGAGCACUUCCGGCCGCGGCGCAAGUUCGUCUGGGGACCCCACGACAAGCUGCGCCGCCUGCGGCCGCCCCCCAACCCCAGGGACCCCCGCCCGCCCGCAACGGCCGGCGGGGCCGAGGACGGGGAGCAGGGAGGGGGUGCGGGGGGCCGCGGGGAGGCGGGCCCGGAGCCCCUGAGCCCCAAGGAGAGCAAGAAGAGGAAGUUAGAGGCGAGCCGGCGGGAGCAGGCCCCGGGGGAGCCGGGCGCCCAGGGCGCCUCGGACGUGGAGAAGAUCGCCCUGAACCUGGAGGGCUGCGCGCUCAGCCAGGGCGGCCUGGCGGGGGGCGCCCAGGAGCGGGCCGGGGAGGCCGAGCGGCCCUGUCCCCAGGCCCCGGGGCCCAAGGUGGCCGAAGAGGUGAGGAAGAGAAGGAAGGUGGACCAGGGCCCGGGCGGCGGUGCCCCGGGGGACGGUGGGGAUGACGGCGGGGAGGGGCCCGAGGGGGCCGAGGGGCCAGGGUGCGCUGAGGCCUGGGAGGCCGAGGAGGGGGUGCAGGAGGCAGAAGGCGGGCGGGGGCCGGAGCAGGCCGCCCCGGGGAGCUCAGCCAGCGCUGGACCCCCAGUAGAUAAGGAGGCUGAGCCGGGGCCUUAGCCCAAACCCCGGAAACCUUAAGGGAAGCGUGCCCGUGCCCCCUGGCCCCGCCACAGCUGUGGGGGCCCCCGCCCACUCCUCCAGCAGCGGGGUCGCAGGCAGCGGGCCGGGCAUCAGCGGGACGGCCGGACUCGCCGGACUCGAAUCCUCACCUCACACUCGCCCGCCUCCCUCCUCUCUGCCCCCGCCCCCGCCCCUCUUUGUAAAUUGGCCCCUAAGGGUCUGGGGGCGGGAGUGGGGUUCAUUUUCUUAGUCUGGUGCCGAGGCCUUUUCUGAAUAAACUCAUUUGACUUUG